AUGGCUCCUCGCGGCGAUGCUUCGACGGUACCCGCUGACACCAAGACAUCGGUCGAUGUGGUUUCCGACACGUCAAGCAAUGCCCUUCAAGAUACUAAGAAGCCUGAUGCCGAGCAAAACUACCCUGGCACCUCCAAUCCGAGGGAGUUGAAGCGCAAGCUAAAGAGCAGACAUCUACAGAUGAUUGCAAUUGGCGGAACUAUUGGAACAGGACUGUUCAUUUCUAGCGGCACUGCAAUCGCACAAUCCGGCCCGGCAGGCGCGUUGAUUGCCUACAUAUUCGUCGGCUCCGUCGUCUAUUCCGUCAUGAGCUCAUUGGGUGAAGUCGCAACUUACAUCCCAAUCCCUGGUGCCUUCACAUCCUAUGCAGCUCGCUUGAUCGACCCAAGUCUCGGAUUCUCCAUGGGCUGGAUCUAUUGGUUCAAUUGGGCCUCCACAUUUGCUGUCGAACUGACUGCCACCGGGACAAUCAUCCAGUAUUGGGAUCCUAGUCUAAACAUUGCCAUUUUCAUCGGCGCGUUCUGGGUGCUUAUCACGGCUAUGAACUUUCUUCCCGUCAAUUUCUACGGCGAGGUGGAGUUCUGGUUCUCCACCAUCAAAGUGGUCACUGUCAUCGGCUUCAUCCUCUUUGCCAUUUGCAUCGAUGCCGGCGUGGGAGAGAAGGGUUACAUAGGCUUCAAGUACUGGGGCUCCCCGGGUGCCUUUGCCAAUUACAGCGAUGCGCUACCGGAAGGCAUAGGGAAGUUCGUCGGAUUCUGGGCUGUCCUGAUUCAAGCCGGCUUCUCCUACCAGGGCACAGAGCUUGUGGGUGUGGCAGCAGGAGAAACAGAAAACCCACAGAAGACAGUUCCGUCAGCCAUCCGCAAGACAUUCAUUCGGAUCCUCCUCUUCUUUGUUCUGACUAUCUUCUUCAUCGGGCUUGUGGUUCCCUAUGAUAACAGUCGCCUCACCACUGCCACAACCAAUGCAUCAUCUUCCCCUAUGGUGAUUGCAGCUGAUUUAGCAGGAGUCAAAGUCCUCCCAAGCUUGAUCAAUGCCGUGCUUUUAUCCGUUGUCUUGUCCGCCGCGAACUCCAAUGUGUAUAGUGGGAGUCGAAUCUUGACUGGAUUAGCACACGAGGGAUUUGCGCCGCCGUGUUUCGGUUGGGUUACCAAGCACGGUGUUCCCUACGUCAGUGUGACAUUCACUGCAUUGUUCGGUUUGUUAGGUUUUAUGAAUCUGUCCAAUGACGCUGGCCAAGUCUUUACUUGGCUCGUCAACCUUUCUAGUGUUGCAGGCUUUGUGACUUGGAGUUCGAUCAACGCAUGUCAUAUCGCGUUCAUGCGUGUGCUGGCACACCGUGGGAUUUCUCGUGAUACCCUCCCGUACAAAGCUGUUAUGCAACCAUAUCUGGCUUGGUAUGGUCUCUUUUUCAACAUCCUCAUCGCCAUCACACAAGGCUUCACUUCAUUCAUCCCACACUUCCGAGUGUCCGACUUCUUCGUCGCCUACAUCUGCCCUAUAGUUUUCGCAGUGCUCUAUCUGGGACACAAACUCAUCGUCCGUCCGUCAUUUGUUAGUGCAGCCGAUGCCGAUAUUGUCACUGGUCGCUUGCACUAUGAAAAGGAAGUCGAUCCCCCAAAGCCAUGGUACUGGAAGGUCUGGGAUUGGAUCGCGAAGUAG